AUGCGCCAUUUCGUCUUUCUCGCUCUCUGCGGCAGUCUCACGGCAGUUGUCGCUCAAACAGCCAGCGGUUCUUCCUCCACCGCCGGGUCCUCUGCCAGCAAUACUGAGACCUCGCCUCUCUUGUUCUCAACAAAUGGCGACGGAGACUCUACUGACUUUUCCGUGGCCGUGGCAGGAAGCAGCGGUUCCACCACUACUUACCUGGUAAGCUGUGCCGAGGCCGGCUCCAUCAACUGCAACUUUGAUACAGCUACCAUUGUUGGCGGUCCUUCGACAGUUGCGAUGUACUAUGACUAUGAUGAUACAGUUACCUAUUCUCUCGGCUGCAAUAUCCACGGGAGCUCUGCUGCCUGUGUAAAGUCUGAAGGGGGCUCGGGUUUCGACGGCACCUCCUUCCUGAGUUCAUUCACCGUUCCUGCGUCGGAAGUUGCCUUGGGUUUCAUUACUGAUGCCACCGCUACUGCUACUGCUACAGCUGGUGCUACAGCUGGUGCUACUUCCACUGCUACAGGCCAGGCUACACCCACUACCGCGGCCAGCACUGGGUCUUCUCCAACAUCUGCGACUGUCAAGUCCACAGCUGCUUCCUCCGGAGGUACAACCUCGUCAACUGGAAGCGCGACUGGUACCGGAUCUGCAGCUAGCCAGACCGAAACCCAAAAAGGUGCUGCUAUUAGCAGAUUCAACGGCGCAAUUGGUUCUUGGGUGGCUGUCGGAGACCACAAAUCAGACCACAAGACAUACAGCCAACUGUCCCCCCUUCUCCGCGUGCUGUCCUUUGACUACCGCGGCCACGGACAGAGCUCGCGCACAAAGCCCUACACGUUCGAGCAACUCGUCGACGACAUCGAGGGUGUUCGGCAAUCCUUUUUGGAGGCCGACGAGCAAGUAAUUAUCUGUGGCGGAAGUUUUGGCGGGUUUCUGGCGCAGCAGUAUGCCAUUAAAUAUGCGUCAAAAGUGUCGCAUUUGAUUCUUAGGGGGACUGCGGCUAGUCAUCAUCAUGAAGAAGGUGCUAUCAGAACCCUAGAGACGAGACUCCAUAAAGCGCCCAACUUCUCCUCGCAAAUGCUCCGCAACAAAGUCUUCGGCGCGUAUGAGGAUGAUGAUGAGUUUAAGCUGGUUUAUUUCGCUAUGAUGCCACUUUAUACUGAGGUUUUUGAUCCUGAAGCUGCUCUCAAAGCAUGUAGAGGGAUGGUUUUUGUGGCAGAGUCGCAUAAUGAUCUCUAUUCGGAAGAGGAAAAAUAUUUCGACUAUACAGGGCAAUUAGGAAGUAUAACAGCUAAGACGUUGGUGGUUGUUGGGGAUAAGGAUUGGAUUUGUCCUCCAGACAACUCGAGAAUUAUAGCAGAAGGAAUUCCUGGUGCUGAAAUACUUGUUGUUCCAGAUGCGAAUCAUUCAGUGCAUAUUGAGAAGCCUGAAAUUGUGCUUAAGCGGAUUAAGGAGUUUCUCUGUGUAUUCUGUGUAUAA